AUGGCUCCCUCGCAACAAGCAGCAUGGCGCAGCGCGCCCGAUGCCGAGGAGCUGGAGCGUCGGAGGACUGUCAAUAUCAACAAGGAGACUGUGACCGACAUUAGCUCCAUCGACUACCCUGGCCACUUCCCUGGCGAGGAUGCCGCCUUCACACUCGAGCGCUUCCAAUCGGGCUUCUCCGUCGACUUUCACCACAACGAUCAAUUCCACGCCGCCUUUUCGCUCAUCGGCCUCGACGCCUCCCUCGCCAAUGCGUUUCGGCGCAUCCUCAUCGCCGAGAUCCCUACCCUGGCCAUUGAAAAUGUCUUCAUCGAGAACAACACCUCGGUGAUCCAGGACGAGGUGCUCGCGCACCGCCUGGGCCUGAUCCCCUUCCAGGGCGGCCGCGCCGGCCUGCAGGACUUUCUCAAGUGGUACAAGAAGCCGGCCGAUGCCGAGGAUGACUAUGCGGGCGGAUUCGACUACAACACGGUGCGCCUUGAGCUCAACGUUACGUGCACGCCCAACAAGGACGCCGCACCCGGCGAGACGGAUCCGACCAAGGCGUACCACAACGCGCACGUCUACGCCCGGGACAUUGUGUUUGUCCCCAUGGGCGAGCAGGAAACGUACUUUUCGGGCGCCGACGCCAUUGCGCCCGUUAACCCGGACAUUCUCAUCGCCAAGAUGCGCCCCAAGCAGACCAUUAACCUGUCCAUGCACAUGCACAAGGGCAUCGGCGCCGACCACGCCAAGUUUUCGCCCGUCGCCACCGCUUCGUACCGCCUGAUGCCCGUAAUCAAGAUCCUGCGGCCCAUUGUCGGCGCCGAUGCGGAAAAGUUCCAGGCCUGCUUCCCAAGCGGCGUAAUUGGCCUGCAAAAGGUCACCAAAAAAGACGCCACGCCCGGCAGCGGCCUCGAGAAGGCCGUGGGACAGAUGCGCGCCGUCGUCGAGGACCCCAUGCGGGACACGGUCAGCCGCGAGUGUCUCCGCCACCCCGAGUUUGAGGGCAAGGUCAAGCUCGGCCGCCGGCGCGACCAUUUCAUCUUUUCGAUAGAGAGCACCGGCCAGUGGGACAGCGACGAGCUGUUCCUCGAGUCGGUCAAGCACCUCAAGAUGAAGUGCCAAAGACUCGAGAAGCAGGUCCUCAACAUGGCGCGGUGA